AUGAGUGCUUCUACUGCAGCUACAGCUGCACCUGCGUCCUCGACGUCCUUUGUCUUCCCAUCGACAUACAACUUCCCUGCGUUCUUCACUCCGCAACCGAACAGUACCACUCGGCAGUCACAGCUUCGAAAAUGGUCGUCGCUCAUCCAGUCAUGGUGUCGGCAUCAUCGCAUUUACCGUCUCUCUAUAAUAGAGGCCAUUGACUCUCCUCUUUUCCACAACGCCACCUUACGCAAGCGACUGGACCUUGCCGAGGCUCGUACGAUUGUAGACUGGAUGGCCAAGAAAGAGGAAGAGGGCGGUGGUGGACAGCGCGCUGAAUGGAUUGAAGGUCCCUCGGCGAAUUCAGGCGCAAAGUCCAAAAACCUCGCUUGGAUCUGGUGGAGAAGGCCCGAUGAAUGGGCGGACGUGCUCGUGGACUGGAUAGAUGCAACGGGGCAGCGUGGCGUGGUGUUGACGGUGUUCGAGCUGGUGCAGGGAGAAGCCACAGUCUCUCAAGGUAGGUGCUCCGUGUUGAGAUUCGAUUAUGUGUUCACGCAGAUUUGUCAGGCUAACUCGCGCGGUCUAGAAUUCCAUGGCAUGGACCACGAUGUGAUGAUGAAGGCGUUGAACGUCCUCGUCAAGCGAGGCAAAGCGUCCGUCUUUGGCAACGAAGGCGAGGAGGGUGUCAAAAUCUUCUAA